AUCGAAUUUGUAGAAUUCUCGAUGUUUUCCUUUUUUACAAUUAACAAAUUAUUUUACUACUUGUGCUGAUAAAAUAAUAAUGGAAAAAUAUUUAACGAGUGAAAUUUUCAUUAAAUUGAUAUAAACAAGCGAAAUGUAUAAACGUAAUGAACAAAUAAGACCGAAAUAAAAAGUAUUUAACAAUUACGUGAACAAAAAAAGGUAAAAAAAUAUAAAAGUGAAUUAUGAAAGUGGAGAGAAAAAAAGAAAAUAAAAACAAAGUGUUAAAUUUGAAAUAAAGAGGAAUAAAAUGGUCAAAGGCCAGCGACAGUAACAGCCAAGUGUCACGAUUAAUGAUAAUAAAAAAUAAUAUGUGAAGCACACAAUCAUCAUGACUCUAUUCUGAAAUAAAAACUCACAAAUACACCGAUAUACAUAUAUAAACAAAAGAAAAACAAAAACAACAGUAAACUGAUAACAAAUUCAAAUUGUGUUUGGCCAAUAACAAAAAAAAAAACUACAAUCAGUGCUUACGAGAGACCAAUUACAUACGAGAGACCGACCACCUUAUAAAUAAAAGCUAAUUAAAAAAAAUAACAAAAACAAAACAAAUUAAGAACAAAGAGAGAGAAUUUACGUUUAAUAAUAUACAAAAUUAAAUAAAACAAAAAGUGCAGAGAAAUUAAAAAAAAAAUUCAAAGUUGAAGAAGUAAAAAAGUAAAUGUUGCCUGUUAAAAACCUUAAAGUUUAGUGUUGAAUGUGAAAUGGAAAAGAUAUCAUCACCACCAACAACUCCAGCUAAAACUACAACAGAAAUAACGCCAAUGCUAAAACCUAAAAACAAUUUUUGCAAAUUUUCAAUUUUGUCGUUGCCGCCGUUACUGUCGUCACUGCAAUUCGAAGCAAAAUAUUUUUCGUGUAAAUUUCUAGAGAAAAAAUUCCUUUUAAAAUUGACUUCAAAACUUAACAAAUACAAUAAUAUUAAGAAAAUAAAUAAAUAUAAGAAGAAUUGUAAUCGUAAUAAUAGUGUGAAUAGUUUAUUACAUUUCUUAUCACUUUUAAAUGUUUUAUAACAAUAACAAAUAUAAUAAUAACAAUAAUAAUUACAGUGAAAAUGUUUGUGACUGUGAUUGUGAUGAUGGUGAUAAUGAUAAUAAAGUCUUGAUAGUUAAAUCAACCCAUACACAUACACAGAUUAAAUAAAAAUUACUAAAAACUAAAAGAAAAUUUGAAAACUAACUGCCGAUAAAAGUUUAUUAAUUUUCAUUGUGUGUUUUACGCGCGCGUCCACUACUACUACAAACGGUGUGAGAAACGAAAAAUUAAACUACAAACGGUAAAGUUUGAAACUGUUGCUGUAAACGAAAACAAAGUAGCACCAUGUUAAAUAUGUCUAAUAAAUUUAAUAACUAUCAACGCUCGUCUGCCACAAAUAUUAUAGGCAUGAACGUGAAUAAUAACAAUAAUUCAUCAACUGCAGCAGCUGUGGCAGCGGCAUCUUCUUCAACCAGCCCUUCUUCGGCGGGUUAUACACUGUCAGCACCUAAUAACUUUUCAAAUGAUUCCAACUCUUCGUUGACAUCUUACUCUGGCAAAGCCGAAAGGGAAGCAAUACAUUCUGGUCAAUUUAUGGUCUCAACAUUUGAGGCCGAAGAAGCACAAGAUGAUCUCGAUGAUAGUGAAAUUAAAAUGUUAGAUCCUGAAGAUCCUAGCCUAUCGAAAGCAGACGAUGAACCCAAUACCUGUAUGGAGGUGCAGUUAUAUGUGCCUCGUAAUAUGGCCCAACAAAAUAAAUAUGGCAAUACAGAAUCGCAUGGUUUGAUUACUUCCCAUUUGGAAAUUGAAACGUCACUAACGAAACUCUUCAAAUGUAUGAAUUUAGCCUAUAGUCAAAAAUUAACUUCACCCAAAUGGAAUCAUUUCAAGGGUGUUCGUCUGCGCUGGAAGGAUAAAAUACGUUUAAAUAAUGUCAUCUGGAGAUGUUGGCAUAUGCAAUUUAUACUCAAACGUAGGACACCGGUGUGCCAAUUCGCUUCACCAUUGGACGUUGAUAUUCAUAGCAAUCCACAAAGUGUUGUACUCGAAGGAAAAUAUUGGAAACGACAAUUGGCCGUAAUAAAAGCCGAGUAUAGAAAAUGGAGAAGAAAUUAUAAAUCAAAAGUCACAGGAUGUUUAAUUUAUGACACGAAAAGUGAAUUUGACUUUUUAGAAUGGUCACCAUUGAAUGACAGAUGCUUGAUGUUAUCGGACGAUUGGACUAGUGAUACGUUGUUUUCUGCGAUAAAUGGUCCUUUCCCAUUUCCAGACUCAAGAGAAAUUGCACGUGGCGCUGGUAUUGCAGAUUUUAUACAACCCAGUUUGGGUCCAUUACAACCGAAUUUAGAUGAUAUUGAUUUAACAUUUGUUGAACUAUUACAAAAUUCCCGCUUACCACCAGUACCGGAAGAAGGUUCAGAUGAAAUGAUUAAAAAUGUAGAUUAUGGAUUUUCUUCCAUAAUGGGAGCCGAACAAAUAGAUUCUAGUAAUAUGAUGGAUGUCUCCUCCUCCAAUGUAGUUCCGUCAAUGCCAAAUAACAAUGAUGAUACAAAUAUGUUGGAACUUAAUACACCUCUUAAUACUCUACAGUUUUCUGAUAUUGAACAGCAAUUUGCUGCACGAGGUGGCGCUAACAAUAGUGUACAAAUGCUUCCUCCCGUCAAUCGCACAAAUGAAACCGCCAAUCAAAUGCAGUCUCUUACAAAUGAUGAUGCCAUUAUGAGUGAUGCCCAAAGUACCUCGAACAGCAUACUAAUGCAACAGGUUAAUCGACAGCAGAUGAAACAUUUCAGUAACUCUGUUAGCGGUGGUGGCGCUAGCUCCCUAAGUGGUGGAGGAGGAGACAGUAAUAUUAUUAGCUCAGCGGGCAGCAACAGCAGUAUGGGGCGUCAGAAUAACAAUGACUUCCCCGUGAAGAAAGGACGUAUUUCAAAGAGUUCUCAGAGACCUUUUAGGCGGGAGCCGCACAAUUACGACAAGGCCCAGCCGACUCUGCAUCAGACCACUAUCUAUCAGCAGAUGUUGGCGGAACAACAAAAGAAUCAGCAAAUGCAACAGCAUUCUCAACAUUUGCAGCAGCCUACACUAGCGAGCAAUACACUGCAUCACCACGCCACUGUUUAUCAGGCAGCGCAGCAGCAACAACAACAGCAGCAGCAGGUGCAGCAGCAACAAACUCUCAACAACACAUACACACAAUCACCUCAACAGUAUAAUACGAAUUUGUUAAAUAAUCCGGGCACCUAUGGUAGUUCAACGGAAAAUCUUGCAAACAUGGUGAGUGCUCAACAGUUAACGGGACAAAAUAUCAACAGCAGCAAUGCUGCAGAAGGUUUUGGUCUUAUGACACCUCCACAGGCCCCAAAUCAAAUGAACUCCGGCAAUCAAUCAAACAAUAACACUUUACAAAAUAUUAAAAUUGAGGUUCCCUCGACGGAUGUUCUAACAAUGUUUAAUUUGUCGCAGGGCUCAUCAGAGGGUUAUGCCCCCUACAAACCAUACAAUCAUACAGGUAAUUUUAAAAAAUCAGCCUCCACUGGUACGUAUAUAAAUAUGAGAGGCAAUACAACUAACAAUCAAAUGUACAUGCAACAAACACAACACGAUCAAACAUCCUCUACCGGAGGUGGUACCAUGCAUACACAAUCACUACCUCUUACACUGGGCAUUCAUUUGCCUGGUUUAGCAAAUGCUUUACAAACACGACCCGCCCAGUUAUCACCACCAAAUAUGCAACAAACUAGUCAGCAGCGUAUCAUAACGCAACAACUUAAUUUACCUCCACAAUCCACGCAACAACAAAACCCACAACAACAGCAACAACAACAUCAUCAUCAGCAACAGUCGUCUAAUCAGGCACAACAUUUACAGAACCUUUUAAAUUCACAACAUCAACAACAACACCAUCCACAGCCACAACAUCAAAUUUCGCAACCAACAAUUUCCACCAAUUCAUUGGUGCCAAAAGAAAUUUUUCGUUCGAAUAGUUUACCCUUGAAUGUAUCACUGCAAAAGCUCGAUACACGUUUAACACAAAACGAUAAUAAUUUUGCGGUGCCAACAAAAUAUCAUGUGGGUAAAAGUAGUAAGACACGUUCUCGUAGUAAUUCAAUACAUCAGCACAUGAUACACUCAUCGGCAUCGUCUUCAUCGUCCUCCUCAUCAUCAGCAUCAUCGGCAAAUGCAAUGCUUGUUAACAGUGGCACUGGUGGUGGUGGUGUUGGCGGCGGCGGCGUCGGUGGUACCAACACUCUGAAUCUGAAUCACCAGUUACAGUCGGCUACCAGUGACCCAAUGCUCAAUAGUACAUUAGCUCAACUUUUAACAACAAAUUCCCGUAUGUCAUCGACAUUAGGUAAGCAACAAAGUGUAUCUACAAGUAAUAUUGCAACCACUCCAAAUGUGGCAAUGUCUACAAUGACAGGACUACAAAUGCAAACAACGCAAAUGAAUGUGCAAAAUAAAGUGUCAACUAUAACAGGACCAACUAGUAGCAUGUACACAACAUCUGCGCAGCAUCAGCAACAACAGCAACCACAAUAUCAUCAGCAGCAGCAACACCAACAUCAAUCAUUGUCUUCACCUUCAUCACCUACCUUAAUUAAUACAACAUCGGCAGUUAGUAUGCAACAACAACAACAGCAUCAGCAAAAACAACUUAAUCAAAGUCAACAGCAGCAGCAGCAGCAACAACAACAAAAACACACACAACAUCUUCAUCUUCAGCAGCAGCCUCAUAAAUCACCAAAGAAAUCAACCUCCUUGCCAACACCGGUAGCACCUUCCAUGCUAAGCAGUCCACCAGCAAGUAAAAUGUUAAGUUAUCCCUUAACUGCAAGUUCUCAAACAGGUUGUUCAACACAUCUCAGCUUAUCACCAGAAUCAUUUCAUGACCAAGAUUCACCGCUUUCACCCACACAAAGUUUAAAGUAUCCACGCGAUAGUCAACGUCGUGCUGGUCAUAUACAUGCCGAACAAAAGAGACGUUACAACAUUAAGAACGGUUUUGAUCAGUUGCACGAUUUAAUACCACAACUGCAGCAAAAUAAUGCCAAGUUGAGUAAAGCUGCAAUGCUUCAAAAAGGUGCUGAACAUAUCAAACAUUUACGCAAUGAACGCAAUGUAUUGAAAGAACGUAUGGAUGCCUUACGUAUGGAACGUGAUGCCUUAAAUAAUUCAUUAACACAUCUUCAUUCAAUUUUACCAGCCAAUGGAGCGCCAGUAACACGUCAGGGCACGGAGCAUGUUAGACAACUCUAUGAACAAUAUGUACGUUGUCGGACCCAGGAUAAUUGGAAAUUUUGGAUACUGGGCCUUAUACUAGAGCCGUUAUUAACAUCAUAUACCUCCACAGUGUCUAGUGCUAGUUUAGAUGAAUUAAGACGCACAGCCUUUUUAUGGGUGGAUCAACAUUGUUCUUUAAUUGACUUAAGGCCAGCCGUUUCAAAUAAACUAAAAUAUCUCUCAAUGAAAACUGAUAUUUUAUCUGAUCCACCCUCAACGUUACAAGAGGAAAUCGCCAAAGCGGUCAACAAUACAAUUGGUCAACAUCCGAAUUUACAUGGAACAUAACUAUCAAAAAUUAAGAGAUAAUUUUUUAAUAUUUUUAGUUUUCUUUAGUUAAUUUUUUUUAUGUAGGUUUAACAAAGUGAUAAAAGACCUUACCUGAAACCACUUAUUACCAAACAAUUUGUCUGCACUUAAAGGCAUUAAACUAUAACUUUAAAUUAACUGUUAAUCUGCUCAAAAUUUAGUUUAUUUAAAAAAUAACUGCUCAAUUAAUACUUUUGGCAAAUUUUGUUUUGUCUUUUUCUAACGCUACGACUCGGGUGUGUAUUUUCAGGCAAGGUCUUAAAAAAUAUGUUUUUAUUAUUUCUAUUUUGAAGUUUUUUUUUUCAAUUAUUUGUUUUUAUUAAGAAAAAAAAUUACUCUUAAAAAAUUUUCGUUUUCAAAGAAUGAUAAAUAUUGUACAAAUUGUUUACUUUGUAUUUUUUAAAUUAAAUUAGGAAAAAAUAUAAAUAUAAAUAAAUAAAACAUGUGCCUAAAUUAUAAUUUAAGCUAAAAUUAAUUGAAAAUAAAUAAUAAAAAAAAUUACUUAAAAUAAAUA